AUGUUGCCUGCCUGCUGCACUCUGUACGUGGAAGUGGAUUUGGAGCCAGUAGUCAUUACCAUAUUGCCUGGUGCGCUGUUGGCAUUUACUAUUCCUUCUCUUCUUGUCUCCUGCAAUAUUGACCCAACACAAUUGGAGAGCCUCACAAGGGAUCAGAUUGGCUGGUGGUCUUUCUGUGUUGCUAGAGUAGCACACUUUGAGGAGGAGAGACGAGGAGCACUCGAAGGGAGCCAACAGCAGUAUCAUCUAUCAGGCUGCUAUCUCAUUUGGCAGCCCACAGAAGAUGGACAGAGGUGGAAGGACAGUGUUGUCAUCAACAAUGACGGACAGCCUAAGAGAGAGAGAGAGAUUAGAUUCUUCCUCUGUUUCAUUUUAAAUCCUUUGAGCUACACAUUCUCUCAUAGCAGCUCUUCUUGCAUUAGCUUCUUCGUCUCUUUUGUUUUGUCUACUUUGCACUGCUCACUCUCUCUCUCUCUCUCUCUCUCACAGAUCUGCUCUUCUCCUAGUACCCUUUUUAGUUUGCCUCAGAGCCUCACAUCUCCUGGCUUCUUGACAUUACCUGGUCAGGUUGAUGAGUAUUGUAAGGUGGAUGAACCAGGAAGCUUAAAGGACCCUGAAACUGCAUCUCUCUUCAAUUUAGAAGAUCCAGAAAAGGUUUUUACGGAACUAAGAGAGAUUGGCCAUGGCAGUUUUGGUGCAGUAUAUUUUGCCAAAAAUCAGCUCACAAAGGAGAUUGUUGCCAUUAAGAAAAUGUCCUUCAGUGGCAAGGGUUCUGCAGAGAAAUGGCAAGAUAUCGUGAAAGAAGUCAAAUUCCUGCGUGAUUUAAGGCAUAAAAAUAUAAUUGAUUUUAAAGGGUGCUAUUUAAGAGAGCAUACAACAUGGCUGGUUAUGGAAUAUUGUCUUGGUUCUGCAGCUGAUAUAAUAGAAGUGCACAAAAAACCUUUGAAAGAAGUUGAGAUUGCAGCCAUCUGCAAGGAUGCACUGGAAGGAAUCCAAUAUCUCCAUAGUCAGGGCAAGAUUCACAGAGAUAUCAAAGCUGGGAACAUUCUACUCAGAGAAAAUGGCUUGGUGAAAUUGGCUGAUUUUGGCUCUGCAUCAAUGACGUCCCCUGCCAACUCAUUUGUUGGCACACCUUACUGGAUGGCUCCAGAGGUGAUUUUGGCCAUGGAUGAAGGACAGUAUGAAGGAACGGCUGAUAUUUGGUCUUUAGGGAUCACGUGUAUUGAAAUGGCUGAAAGGAAACCUCCUUUAUUCAACAUGAACGCAAUGAGUGCCUUGUACCACAUUGCUCAGAAUGAUUCACCCACUCUGUCUGGUGGAGAUUGGUCUGAGGACUUCCACAAAUUUGUGGACUCCUGUCUUGCCAAAAGCCCCGCAGAUCGUCCCUCUGCUCAGUUAUUAUUGUUUCACUCAUUUAUCAAUACCCCUAGAGCAAAUACUGUGAUUUUAGACUUGAUUUAUCGCACAAAAGAUGCUGUUCGUGAAUUGGAUAAUCUUCAGUACAGACGUAUGAAAAAGAUCCUGAUGGUUGAAACUAAUGAUGAUGAAGCCAAGAACUCAGCAGGUGAACCAUCAGCUGAUGAUUCUUCACAGGAUGAUGACACUUUGAUAGACAGCAGUAAGUCAAACAGCAUUGCCAGUCACCAGAGUGGAAUCAGCACAAGUAGCCGUAGUAGCAGUAUGAACAGUCUUCCAGGACCUAGUGCUGAAGAUAAUAACUUUAGCUUUUCAAGAGACCACAGUCCGUCUAGAAUAGUUAAGGUGCAUAACCAGCCUUCACGAAACUUGGAGCCAGGUGCAGGCAAUUUUGCUACCAUCCGUACAACCUCCAUUGUCACAAAGCAGAUGAAAGAACAUGAGCAUACCAAUGAGUUGCGGGAGCAAUUUGCUGGAUACAAACGCAUGCGUAAACAGCACCAGAAACAACUACAGACGAUGGAGAGCAAAUUUAAUGCUGAAAUGGAUGAACAUAAAAUGAAAUUAGACAAAGAGUAUGAUUCUGUUAAGGGUGGCUUUGCUAAAGAACUGGAACGACUUGCUCUAAAACAUUCUCAGGAAUUAGAGAAACGGCAACGAAAUGAUACCAACGAAGAGAAGAAGUUAAUGAAGCAGAUUCAGCAAACGCAGGAAGAAGAGAUGAAGAAUUUCACCGCCCAGCAAAGAAAAGAAUACAAACAGAACAAAGAGCAGAUGAAAAAGGAUUUGGAUAAUAGCACCCCAAAGAAAGUCCGUGAAGAAAGUAUCCGUUCCCAGAAAGAAUCUCUGCAACAAAAGCAAAAAGAGGAGGAAGAUAGAUUGGAUCGGAAGCAUAGGAGCUCAAGAGAAUUUAAAAUUCGUAUGUUUCGCAGGCGGAAGGUGCUGUUAAGUCACAUGCUCCAACAUGAUCUUCUUAAAGAGGAAUUGAGUAAGCGUCAAGCCCACUUAGAAUAUGAGCAUCGUAUGCUGUUGCGCCAUCAUGAAUCUACGCAAGAAAUUGAAUGUCGCCAUUUAACCAGUUUGCAAAAACUUCGUGAAGAACACAUGAAAAAGCAACACCAGACGGAAUUGACUAAUCAGACAGAAUACAGUACCCGGGCUGAACAGGAGCUACGCAAGAAGCAUGCUUCUGAAGUAAAACAGCAACCACGUAGUUUACGGCAAAAGGAACUCCAAAUUAGAAAGCAGUUCCGAGAGGCAGUAAAGACACAAGAAAAACAAUAUAAAGCUUUGAAAGAACAUAUUCUUCAGAAUGUUCCAAAGAAUGAACAGAAAGCAGUUGUCAAAAAACUAAAAGAGGAACAACGUCGUAAACUGGCCAUCCUUGGUGAGCAGUAUGAACAGAGCAUUGCUGAAAUGUUACAACAGCAAAAUAUUCGACUCGAUGAAACUCAGUUGUCGGAGGCCUCAGAGCAAAAGCAACGCCUCUCCCAAGAAUUGGAACUGCUGAUGGCUUAUCAAAGCAAAAUCAAAAUGCAAAGUGAGGCUCAGCAUUUACAUGAACGCAAACAACUUGAGGAACGUGUAUCACUGAGGAGAGCCGUUCUUGAGCAAAAGAUGGAGGAAGAAUUGGCCAAAUUCCAGGCAGACGAGUCAAGGCGUGUUCAACAACUCCAAGAACAGCAAGCCAAGGAAAUUGAAGAGUUUGAUUUAGAGACAACUGCUCUUGGUCUGAAUGCCUUGGAGAUAAAGGCGGCCUCACAGGACACUAUGCAUGCCGAUGAUGUGAGCAUCCGAGGGAGUGUAAUCAGCUUGACACCCAGCAGUAGUACAAGCUCCUUUACCUCCCACACUCAGUUAUAA